UUGUGUCCUACCACAUUUUCAAAUGCGUUUUGUAUCGGUUCCCGGCGUCGGUGGGACGAAAAUUGUGUGUUAUAAUUGUUGAAUAACGUUCCCAGCAUUUAUUAGGUAAACCAUGUCCAGUGGAGGAGGAGGAGAAAGAGGAGCCGGCCCAAGUAAGGGUCGUGGCCGAUCACGAGGCCAAGAUGUUCGUAAACAGGGUACGCAGGGACCUGGUGGGCAACCAUUUACAAGUGGUACGGGUCGUAGGCCUGGACCUCCAGCCCAAGCAGGACCAUCUACUCAAACACCGUAUAGUAGACCACCGAGUGCUAGCCGCGGUACGCAGCGAUUGACUCCUAAAGGUGAUACAGCUACACCGGGUCAUUCUGCAGAAACAACAAUGAUGGAUGUAGUGACUGAAGGUGGAGACGUUGGUACCUUAGGCAGAGGUGCAAUGAGAGGGCGACGUGUUCUGGUAGUUGAACCUCAUACAAGGCCAACAAACUUAGUUACUAAAAAAGGUACAACCGGAACACCUAUUUCUUUGCAAACGAAUUACUUCAAGAUGCUGGCGACAACCGAUUGGUGUCUGUAUCAAUACAGAGUCGAUUUUUCACCUGAAGAAGAUCGAACGGUUGUCCGAAAGGGACUAGUAAGAGUUCAUAAAGAAACUUUGGGCGCAUACGUUUUUGAUGGGACACUCCUUUACACUAGUCAGCGUUUAUCAGAUAAAUUAGAACUUUGGUCUGCUCGACAAUCGGAUGAUACAAAAAUCAGAAUUUCUAUACGUCUUGUUGGAGAUUUGGCCAAAGGUGAUCAACAAUACAUCUCAUUUUUCAACAUAAUUAUGCGAAAGUGUUUGGAUCUUUUGAAACUUCAACUCGUUGGUCGUGAUUAUUUUGAUGCGCGUAGUAAAGUUGAAGUUCGUGAAUUCAGAUUAGAACUUUGGCCUGGAUAUCUUACAUCUAUAAGACAACAUGAAAAUGAUAUUCUCAUGUGUUCAGAAAUAACACAUAAAAUCAUGCGUCAGCAAACUAUAUUAGAUAUAUUAAAUGAUUGUUAUCAACAGAAUCGUAAUGACUAUAAGCAUUUAUUUGAAAGUCAAAUUAUUGGUCUCGUUGUGCUUACUGAUUACAAUAACAACACAUAUCGUAUAUCCGACAUUGACUAUAGUACAAAUCCUAAUUCUACGUUUAAAUUACGAACUGGCGAAAGUAUAUCGUACAAAGAUUAUUAUAAAAAUAAGUACCAAAUUAGAAUACAUAAUGACUCUCAGCCAAUGCUUGUGACAAAAUUGAAACCAAGAGAGCGUCGUGCUGGGCAAGCUGAAUUCGUGUAUCUUGUUCCUGAAUUGUGUCGGGCAACGGGACUCACCGACAAUAUGAGGAAUAACUUCCACUUAAUGCGUGCUUUGGCAGAACACACUCGUGUAUCUCCUAGAUCGCGUACAGACAAAUUAAUAGUUUUCAAUAGGAGAUUGCGCUCUGAAAAUGCAAUAGUCAAAGAACUUAAUGAAUGGAAUCUUAAACUUGACGAUAAAUUAGUUAAUUUGUCCGGACGUGUUUUGGCACCGGAAAAUAUUGUGGUUGGAGGGGGUAGAGCAGUGUCUGCUGGACAGGUUGCAGAUUGGACCAGAGAACUAUUUAAUAAGUCAUUGUUUAAUCCAGCUAAGUUAAGUGAUUGGGUGGUAAUUUGCACGCAUCACGUAAAACGCGAUAUGGAGGCAUUCGUUGGCACUCUCAAAGACUCAGCGAGGGGUAUGGGAUGUAGAAUUGAAAAUCCUAGAUAUUGGGAUAUAAAUGACGAUAGAUCAAAUACUUAUUCAGAAACCUUAGAAAGAAUAAUGAGUACUUCUAAUCCGGAGCUAGUGUUUUGUGUUGUAUCAAACAAUCGGGCUGAUCGAUACAGCGCGAUAAAGAAGAAAUGUACUGUUGAUCGGCCUGUACCGUCACAAGUUUUCCUCAUAAAAAAUCUCAAGUCGAAAGGUUUGAGAUCAAUAGCUACGAAAGUAGCAAUUCAAUUAGUAUGCAAACUAGGUGGUGCUCCAUGGAGCGUUGAAUUGCCACCGAUUAAUUUAAUGGUUGUCGGUUUUGAUGUGUGCCACGAUCCAAAUAAUAAAGGACGUGAUUUUGGUGCAAUGGUUGCAUCAUUAGAUAAAAAUUUGACAAGAUAUUUCAGUGCAGUAAGCGCACACACUACGGGAGAAGAACUAUCUAACGAGUUCUCUGUAAAUUUAACAAAAGCGUUGUAUAAUUACAGACAAAUGAACAAAAUUUUGCCAUCGCACAUAGUAAUUUAUCGCGACGGUGUUGGUGAGGGUCAAAUACAUCAAGUUUAUACACAUGAGGUAGAACAGUUAAAAUCUGUAUUGAGUGAUAUUUAUGGUGACCCGGCUUUGGUCAAAAUGGCAUUUGUGAUAGUUACAAAACGCAUAAAUACUCGCUUUUUCUAUAAGCAGGAUAAUCCUCCACCGGGUACAAUAAUCGACGAUGUCGUUACUAUUCCAACCAAGUACGACUUUUACGUUGUGUCUCAUUAUGUGAGACAGGGCACGGUAACACCGUGUUCGUAUAAUGUCAUUGCAGACACGACAGGCUGGAAAGCCGAUCAGUUACAAAGAAUUACGUACAAAUUAACCCAUAUGUACUAUAACUGGUCUGGUAGUGUAAGAGUACCGGCCCCUUGCCAAUAUGCUCACAAAUUGGCAUUCUUGGUGGCCCAAUUUAUACACCGACCACCAAGUACGCAAAUGGAGAACCUGCUGUACUUCUUAUAACUGUUGUUUGUAAUAAACCAUAUACUGUUUUUGUAUGGACUAUUAGAAAUUACAGAUAAUACAUGAACAGUAUUAAGAUACUAACUUUAUACAAAAUACCUCAGUUACUUUAACGAGAAGUCGUAAGUAAGAUUUUCUAUUUCCAUAGAUGAUCAUUAAACGAAAUCUUAGAAGGGCAGGAAUAACAGUACAAGUCAAAAAACAAUUUUUUAGAGGAGCAAAAAAACUGUAUAGUACGAAACAUUUUGGUUUCAAAAUUGUUAUAAAACCAGUUCUAUUCUAUACUAUACAGCAAGCUUCGAGUUGUACUCAUUUGACCAUUCAUAGAUAUCGAGUUGACAAUGUGAAAUAUGUACUUAUUCUGAUUCUGCACAAAAUUGACUUGUACUCUU